UCUCUCCCUUCCUUUGUUCGGGCAGCGUGAUGUCAGCCGUGGAACAGCAACCGGCAGAUGCUUCCUUGUCAUCCAAUUCGUCCAGCUCCUUUGAGGUGGUAGAGGCAGAUGCUGCAAAUAAGUACGAAGCCGUGGUUCCUCACUGGUUUUACUGCAAGGUCACAGAUUCCCGAGAGAGAUGGAUCCCCUUCAGCACACAGGACUCGGAGAAGUUGGAAGCGGCCCAAAAGAUGAGGAAAGACGAUGAAGAGCUGGUCGUUCCGACAGCGGGGGGCAGAUACAAUGUGCAUUUGAAGCAGAGGCAAUGCUAUGCCGUGUACUGGGAGGAAGAGGUGUCCGAAGUAAGGCGCUGCACCUGGUUUUAUAAGGGAGAAAAGGACAAUAAGUAUGUCCCUUACUCGGAGAGCUUCAGCGAGGAGUUGGAGGAAGCUUACAUGAUCGCUGUAACUCUGGAUGAGUGGAAAAAGAAACUUGAGUCCCCGAACAGAGAAAUCAUUAUAUUGCACAACCCCAAGCUUAUGGUGCACUACCAUCCAGUAACUGUCUCUGACGACUGGGGUUCAAGCCCUGCAGAGCAAGGGCGGCCAAGAACCGUGAAGAGAGGAGUAGAAAACAUCUCUGUGGACAUCCAUAGUGGAGAGCCCGAGCAGAUCGACCACUUGGUUUUUGUAGUUCAUGGGAUUGGGCCGGCGUGUGACAUCCGGUUCCGAAGCAUCGUUCAAUGUGUGAACGAUUUCCGGGCUGUCUCCUUGAGCAUGCUGCAAGCCCACUUCAAGAAAGCCCAGGAGCAGCAGCAGAUCGGCCGGGUGGAGUUCCUACCUGUGAACUGGCACAGCCGCCUGCACUCCACAGGGGUGGACGUAGACCUGGAGCGAAUCACCUUGCCGAGCAUCAAUCGCCUACGUCACUUCAUCAAUGACACAAUCCUGGACGUCUUCUUCUACAACAGUGCCACCUACUGCCAAACCAUUGUGGACACAGUCGCUUCUGAGAUGAAUCGCCUGUAUCUGCUCUUCCUGCAGAGAAACCCUGACUAUAAAGGCGGGGUGUCCAUUGCAGGUCACAGCUUAGGAUCACUUAUACUGUUUGACCUCCUGACAAAUCAGAAAGCUUUCUCGGAGGAUGAAGAUGGCAAAGAAAAGGGGUCCCAGAUGAGUGCAAGCCAUGGGGCAGAUGCCAGCGGUGUGAAGGAGAUCCUGGAGAAGCUUGAGCUGUCUGAAUACAGCACAGUCUUUGAGAAGGAGAGAAUGGACAGACAGGCACUGCUCCUGUGUACAGAGCAAAAUCUGAAAGACAUGGGCAUUCCCUUAGGCCCGAGGAUGAAGAUCCUUCACUACAUCAGCUCUGAAAGGGAGACACAGGACACUAACCAUUGGGCACAGACCAUUGCUGGGAACAGCGAAGAGCACAGGACUGAGUCCGAGUCAUCCACAGGGCCUGGCUCUGCUGGCAGCAGGAGGAACUGCCCAUACCCAGAUGUCAGCUUAGGACAGGUCUCAGCCAACUACCCACAGCUCAUUUACAAGCCUGCUAUCUUCUUUGCCUUUGGAUCACCCAUUGGGAUGUUCCUCACUGUGCGAGGUGUGAAAAGGAUUGAUCCAAGCUACAGCCUCCCCACUUGCAAAGGCUUCUUCAACAUCUUUCAUCCGUUCGACCCCGUGGCCUACAGGAUCGAGCCCAUGAUCGUCCCAGACGUGGAGUUUGAGCCCAUGCUGCUCCCCCAUCACAAGGGCCGGAAGCGGAUGCAUUUGGAACUGAAGGAAGGCCUGACCCGCAUGAGCAUGGACCUCAAGAACAACCUGCUGGGGUCCCUUCGUGUUGCCUGGCAGUCCUUCACUAGGGCCCCGCUGCCAGCUGUGGAGGCAGCCAGCACAGAGAGCGAAGCUGAAUCCCAGAACUGUUCAGAUGGGCAAACAGAGGUGAAGCCCAACGAGCCCCCUGCUGCUGCUGCGAAGGAAGAGGCCUCUCCUAUAAAUGUGGGAAUGCUCAACGGUGGCCACCGCAUCGACUAUGUGCUUCAGGAGAAGCCGAUAGAGAGCUUCAACGAGUAUUUAUUCGCCCUGCAAAGCCAUCUCUGCUACUGGGAGUCGGAAGAUACUGUCCUGCUGGUGCUGAAAGAGAUCUACCAAACACAGGGCAUUAUGUUGGAUCAGCCUCUCCAAUGAAGGCACCAGCCAGCUGCUCUGUUCUUGCAACUUGAUGUGCACAUAUGUGACUCCUCACCAGGAAAGCCCAGAUAUCCUCUCUGCCUCCUCAUCCUGUGCUGCUGCUGUCUCUGCAUGCUGCUUCCUGACUACCUGCUGAUGCCUGGAGAGCAGGAGUUUCUCUCUCUGUGCAAUGGGUAGGAACCCAGUGAAAAUCUCUGCUAGAAUAUCCAGCACUGACUCAGCACCUGGGACCGACUGAGACUCCCUGUGGCAUCGUGUCCCUAUCUACUCUUUGGCUUGUCUGUCUUGUAAGUUGCAACACUAGCUGUUCCAAAUCUAGAUGUGGGAUAGAGGUAGCCUGGAUUGGGAACUGGAGACCGAGAGCCUCAAGUCAUCUGCUUAGCAGGGGAACUGGACACUUGCAACCUUGAGACCUCAAAGCCGUAAACGGAUUGGGUACCUGCUGUGCUAUGGAAACAGAACCAUAGCAUCUUAUGAGAGUGAAUAAAGGAUAAGGGGCUGAUCUGUCA